AUGAAAUUUGGUCAAAAGAUUCAAGAGUUUAUCUAUUUGCUAAGUACCGAUGACAAGUACUCCGAAUAUGACUCAAGAAAGUCGUUCAAUAGAGUCAACAAGCCAGAUUCGCAGACUUUGCUCGGCGUCUACGCCAGUGAUAACAGCUCGAGCGUGGAACUAGACUCGCGCAGAAACAAGGAGAGCAGCAGUGAAGCUGGAAUCCACGAAAUGAAACUUGCUUGGAGACACAUCAAGCACUGGUUGCACAAAUACGCGCCCGAUAUCAACAGCUCGUUACUGAGCAAAUGCACUUCCAACGACUUGGUGGAUUUUCAAAAAGAUCUCAAUAUCAAGCUCCCCAAGUGCGUUUUGGAGUUUUUCAAAAUCACCGAUGGACAACUGAAUUUCGGAAAUAGCCUAAACAUGGACACCACGGGUUUGAUCUUUGGCUUGAAGUUGAUGUCGCUUGAUGAGAUUAUGAUCCAAACUGAAAACUGGCGGAAAGUCUCCGAUUUCGUAAAUAGCGAGUUGCGUCAUCUGAAAUACGAAGCGAACGAAAUGACAAAGUUGCCCAUUCUGCAUGCCAACAGCAGCCAAUACAAGAAAAAAAUUGGACUUGGCCUCGGUGCCAAUGUCAAUGCCAGUGUCAAUGCCAAUUCCAAUGUCAAUGGCAACCACAGUGACGUCUCGUCGGUUCGGUCAUCUUUUGACUUGGGUGGUGGAGAUUCAACCUCGAGAAAGACCUCGGUUUCAUCGCACGAUUCAACAGCACAGGGCAACAGAUUGAAGCGUCGGCAGAAGAUGCCUGCUCAACGAACAAUCCCACCGGGGACUAUACAUGAAACAUUUGCCCAUCCAAUGUGGAUCCCCAUUGUGACUGAUGAGGUGGGCAACUAUAUCGGGAUAGACUUGUGUCCCGCUUCAAAGGGUGUACUAGGCCAAGUCAUAUUAUUUGGACGAGACUUUGAUUUCAAAUUCCAAGUAGCUGAUACGUGGGGUGAUUUCUUGCUUCUUUUCGCAAACGAUUUGGAAACCGGCAACUGGAGCAUCAAACUGCAGCAGAAGAACAACUACGGGGACUUGUUUGUUGGCAACGAGGGCGACUUGGUGUUUGUCGAUAAAGAAUCGGGGUUGGAAAUACCUUACAUGGAAAUGUUAAAGAGAAGAGCAGUCAAGAAAUGGAUGACGAGUUUAGAGAAAAAUGAGGACUCCGACUUGGUCAAUGGAGAAUUGUUGAAUGAGUUGAAGGAAAAUGAAAUAUCGAUCCUUCUGCUACUGAAUAAGCAGUGGCAGUCGGUUGACACUUUCAUCAACAAGAACUUGGACCUCAUUGAUAAUGUCAAGACGCUGGAGCGGGUCGAGGCCCAGUUAUCGACGGAUUUAGUGCUACUGCCACCGUCGGUAAAGACUGGGAUGAAGCCAGGGCUGAAGGUAGUGACGAGCGGAGGCAAAUCUUGUGCAAAGAGCCCGUUGUCACAAGAGGUUACCGUGGAAGAUGAGCUGAUGGACAAUUGA